CGCGUCAACGGAGCGCAGGAGCAAUUAAAGGUAAAGGGGAAUUAUUACAAACAUGAAAUGUCAAUAUUUCAGAUGAAGACUCCCCCAGACAGAGCGGGCAUCACAUUUGCAGUUGGAGCUCAGCUGGAGGCCCGCGACAAGCACAACAAAUGGUACUCUGGGAGGAUACAACAGCUUGAUCCAGAGAACCAGCAAGUCCUUGUCCAGUACCGACGGUGGUCCAAGCGGUACCAGGAAUGGUUCCACUGGGACUCCCCCCACAUCAGAGGACUAGACCGGGUCAGUCUGAGGAAACAAGGGCUGGACAGGACCAGCCAGAAACCGUUGUACAGUGCUGGCUCUAAAGUGAUGGCAUGCUGGACUGAUUGUAAAUUCUACCCAGCCAAAAUCUUGAGAGUGAACAAGGAUGAUUCCUACACUGUAAGGUUCUUUGAUGGAGUUGUACGUACUGUGAGACCCACCAAGAUCAAACCCUAUGAUGAGAAAUGGAAACUGGAAAAUUCAAGUGAAGAAUGGGACAGUGACUCAGAGGUAGAGAAGAACGAAGAGAAGAAACUCGGAGAGAAGGAAGCAAAUGAAGACAUAGGAGAAAAGGAAGCAAAGGAGUCCAGUGGAGAGGACACAGGAGACAAAGCAAAGGAGGACAUAGGAGACAGGGACGAAAAACUUGAUCCAGAAAAAAACACAGUGAAUGUGGAAAAUAAUCAAGAAAAUGUAACUAAAUUCAAUGAGAAAAGAAAAGAAGGGCCUGAGGAUGAGACAAAGGAGCCUGAUGUUGAUGACAAAGGGGUAGAAAAUAAGGAGGGUGAGGCCAAGGAGGCACGGGCUAAGGAUAUAGGUGAGAGGCAGAGAAAGAGGAGAGCAGAGCUUCUAACCAAAGCUCGAGCCAAAAGAAAACGCAUUCGUGAGCAAAACUCUACCCAAGGGUCAACCCCCACUGACCAGGAUCAGCCAAUCACAGGAGAUCACACUGUACUAGGUUCCACUCCUAUCGACAGAGAAGUUCUGCUUGAGAGACAGGCCCACCUCCCGACUACCCACAAGUUUAGCCGAGAACCACUCUACAGAGUGAUAAAGCGGCAGCCUCCUCCCAUUCUUUCUAUUGAAUUGGAUCAUAAUGAGUUCAAAUGCCCCGCUCCAAACUGUACGAAGUCUUUCAGGAAGAGCUCUCUGCUGCACUGCCACCUAAAGUAUUACCACAGUACCACUGUUCAGAGUACUACAGUAACUACAGGGAGAGAGAGAAGAAAGCGGUUGUCGUCUGAGGGUAUCUCUGAUGCAUCCGAGUCUAAACUAGAUCUUGGCACCUGUCGCCAUGGAGAUGAGGAGACGGGCUCAGUGGAGACAGGCCAAAAGACAGACUCUGGCAGAACCACAAGAAGGGAGCGCAUUAGAGACAGGAAACACUUUCUCCGGGUCAAACUCAAAAAAAAGAAAAAGAAGAAAAAGAAGAAAAAGAGGAGGAGUCAUGCAGUGUUCUGCAGCAGUGAGGACGAACAUCUGGACCAUCCUUCAGUCCCCAACAACCUGGAUUUACCCAGACCUGGUGCAGAGGAGGGCAGCGAUUGGUCCACUCUAACGGCUGAGAGUGGAGAGGACACGUCCACCUGGCCUGUUUCCGCAGAGAUUGAUGUUGUCAGGUGUGUUUGUGAGGUCAAUGAGGAGAGCGACUUCAUGAUCCAGUGCUCUCAGUGUCAGUGUUGGCAGCACGGGACAUGCCUGGGCCUCCUGGAGCAUCAUCUUCCUCAGAGCUACACCUGUUUCACCUGCCGGGGCUCAGAGCAGACUCCUGUCAGGUCAAGGGACAGGAGGAAGCCAUGCUCUGAUUGGCUUACAGAUGGUCAUAUGUUUGGGUUGUCAUGUGUGGAGGAAAACUUCUCAGAGCAGAACUCGGAGCAGAUUGCACACACGCGCCGUCUGUUAGCACACAGUCGUACCAUCGCCACGGUGACUGCGGCUAUUGGGCUCAAGCUUCGCCUCUUGCAGUCCGGAUCAGAAGCGGAACUACGGUUCUGGAGGUUGCCAUGGAGACGCGAGGAGGGGGAGGAACCCAAAGUUGUGUGCUAUGUGAGCAGUGAACACUGCUAUCAGAAGCCUGCCCUAACUCGGGCAAGUCCAGAUGAAUUCAAAGUGGAAUUGGACCAGGACCAUAGACCAGCCCGACCCUCAGAGACCUGCAGGAGUCCAGAGCUCAACCUUUUAGACCACAUUGAGAGUCUUCAACAGGAAAUCUGCCACCGCCUGGAGCGGAUGGAGACUGAGCUGGACGGCCUGGAGUCCUGGAUGGACGAGCUGGAAUCAGCUGACCCUUUGCCCCGCCUCCCAGAGCUGAAACAACGAAUCAGGCGGCUUAUGCGCGACCUGAGCACUGUGCGGCAGCUGUCUGUUUGCUCCUGACCAAUUAGAAAGCGGCAGAGUGAUGUGACCAGGACCAUCUAAGUAUUUUAUGAUUAAUUGUUUUGUUUAAUACCAUUUCAUGUUUAGUUUGCCACUUUUGGUUUGGCUUUUAUUUAAAAAAAAAAAAAAAAAGUAUAAAUGUUGUUAUUAUGAACAGUCUGAGCACUGGUUAAGGAAUUUUGUUUCUCUUGGUCAAACUUAGUUCUGAACUUUUUACAUCACAGCUCUCAUUUCUCUGAAACUCUUGGACAGUACAACCAAUUGUGUAACCUCCUGGAUUGAAGCAACAAUUAGAUAAACAUGAAAUUGCCCAUUUGCAGAUACAUAAUUAGCACCUUAUACAAAAAUAUUGCAUCUCUGCAUAUUUAAUUGACACUAUGGACUGUGAUAAGAACAGACAUAACACAGUCAAAUCAGAAAUCCAAAUCCAGAGUUGGUACUUGUCUACAUGUAUAAAGUGUAAAAAUAAGUUUACUAAAUGUAAAUGUGUAAAACUGUUGUGAAUAAAGCCGUU